AUGUCUGCUUGCGUCAAGCAGAUUGAUCAUAUACAUCAGGCUAGUGAUCAUGGCAUGUUCUCAAGUUUUUCCUUGAAGAAGAAAGAGGAAACGACAAUCACUUUGCUUCAAAAAAGAGUAGUUUUUGCUAUUAAGGCCAUCCGAAACUCGUCUAAUAUUGCCCCAUCUUUUACUCAGCUCAGUGAGUUGGAGAAGAAGAAUGUUGAUCUGACCGGCAAGCUCUCAACCGAGCAGAUCCGUCAUGAAACGAAGAUGUCUGAAAUGAAGGAGAGCAUGUCUGUGCUGAAGAGUUCCCUUGCUCAAAAAGAUAGUCGCAAUUACGACAAACUUCUGGCCAAGUUUGACGUCUACCACAAUGUUGUUGAACGAUCCAAGUUAGAGGCUGUCAUCGAUGCAUACAAGCUAGACUACUUGGUCUACAAGAGUGAAGCUGCUCCUUGUCAUUCUAUUGAAGAUGAAGAUGUUGAGAUGUUCUGUCCUGAUAUGCCUCGUACUCAAGGUGUGCAGAUCAAUGUUAUGGAUAUAGAGGUAGCCAAAAAGCAGGUGGUUGACAAGACUGCAGUUGAGAAGGAUGAUGCAAAGAAGGGCGCAACUGACGAGGUGGAGACAGAUUUGGCUGACUAG